GUUCGAAUGAAGGGUUCGGAUUUCGCGGUAUUGCUUCCCGUGUCUCGUCGACGUCAUCCACCAGCAGCAGGAAGUCAGGUCACCAUAAUGGACGACCUGCUGCUCCGGAAUGGUAUAAAACACUUGGCCUCGACUGAGUCAGGCUUCAGGUACCGUAUGCGCUAGUCUUUGAGUACAACCGUUCCGAAAUUUUUCCGCCAACCAAGUAGCUUCUUAACUUGACUUCGGUUGAAUCUAUCCGGUAUUGAAGGGUCAGUGUCUGGUAGGAUGUCUUGUAGCAGCAAUGGACGCGUCGUUGAACCGAUCUCCUCGGAUCGAUCGGUCGUAAUUUCGGGAAUGGCUGGAAAGUUUCCCCAGUCGGAUAAUGUGUCGGAGUUCGCGAGGAACCUGUACGGGAAGCGGGAUUUGGUCGAUGAUCGGGAACUGCGCUGGCGCCAUACGAAGGCCGAUAUGCCGAGGCGCACCGGAAAGGUGAACAAUUUGGAUAAGUUUGAUAGUGGAUUUUUUGGGAUUGGACGAAGGCAGCAGGACACGAUGGAUCCGCAGCAGCGCGUUUUGUUGGAACAUGCUUACGAGGCUAUUUUGGAUGCCGGUGUUAAUCCGGAGAGUAUUCGGGGAUCGCGGACAGGAGUUUUUUGUGGAGUGUGCUUUUCGGAGUCGGAAGUUAGGAUGGUGUUCGAUACGUGCCCUCCCGAAGGUCUUGGGAUGUUGGGGUGUGCAAAAUCUCAACUAGCUAAUCGGUUGGCUUAUACGUUGGAUCUUAAGGGGCCAAACUUUGUGAUCGAUACGGCCUGCAGUAGUUCGAUGUAUGCCUUCGACAUAGCGUAUAAGAAUAUCAAGAAUGGGAUUUGUGAUUCGGCACUAGUGCUUGGUUCGAAUUUGACUCUGCAUCCCUACAUCACGUAUCAGUUUGCGUUGCUCGGAGUGUUGGCGAAGAACGGGUAUUGUAGACCCUUCGAUAAGGAUGCUUCGGGUUACUCUCGAUCGGAGGCUAUUUGUGCAGUAUUUCUGCAGAAGGCUAAAGAUGCUAAGCGAGUUUACUGUCAAGUGGUGCAUACCAAGACAAACUGUGAUGGAUUUAAGCCGGAAGGUAUCACUUUUCCCUCGGGAGCCGUACAACAGCAGCUUUUGGAUGACUUUUAUCAGGAAAUUGGAAUAAAUCCGACUGAAGUGAACUACGUUGAAGCUCACAGUACAGGAACAUUUGUUGGUGAUCCGGAAGAAUGCGCAGCAAUCGAUCGAGUUUACUGUAAGGAUCGCCAAGGUAGUCUUCUGGUGGGUUCGGUGAAAUCUAGCAUCGGACAUACGGAGGCCGCGGCUGGAGUUUGUUCGAUCGCUAAAUGUAUCAUUGCUAUGGAGAACGGCUUGAUUCCGCCGAACAUCAACUUUACGGAGAAUAAGCCGACGAUUUCUUCACUAGUCGAAGGACGCCUUAAGGUGGUUAGCGAGUCAACUCCUUUAGAUGGCUCACUGGUAGCUAUAAACUCUUUUGGAUUUGGAGGUGCAAACGCUCAUUCCUUGUUGCGCCGUAAUUUGAAACAGAAAAGAAAUUACGGGCUACCGGAGGACGAUCUACCUCGUUUAGUAGUUUGGUCUGGAAGAACCCGAGAAGCCGUUAAUGUUAUGCUACAAGAUAUUGCUAAGCAUCCUCUGGAUGCAGAAUUUAUUGCACUACUCUGCAACAUUCAACAGCAGGAAAUUCCUGGUCAUCGUUAUCGUGGAUUCGGAAUUUACAGCAAGAACGGAGAUAAACCGGCUUUGUUGCGUAAUCACGCAGUCGAUCGCAUCAAACUGGAAAAUCUUCCCGUCGUAGCUAUUUUCGGUGGCGUCAACGUCCAUUGGCGCCAAGACCUAGAUAACCUCAGACAGUUUCCUCAAGUUGAGUCAACUUUCAUCAAAUGCAACCAGUUCCUUCAAUCGUUCAAGUUCGAUCUACUGAUCAAGCCCUCCGAUCAAGAUUGUAUUCUCUACAGCAUGGUUGGCACCACCGUAUUGCAGCUGGUGAUCGUCAACCUCCUCCAGUCAAUCGGAGUAGAACUUGAUUUCUACGCCGGGCACUCGAUAGGUCAGUUUACUUGUGCCUACCUCGAUCACUGCCUAUCCUUGGAGCAGGCACUGAAAUUUGCCCUCUGGCACGGCUGUCUCUACUCGCAAUGCAAGGUUGAAUCGCACGUUUCGGCAUUUGUCAAACUAAACCAAUGUCUCAACCCACUCAUAGCUGAGAAUCUCUUCACCAACGACGAAAAUAGCUUUGGAGUUAUCAGUGGAACUGAGACCAACAUUGUUGAGCAGAUUCGUCAGCUGCGAUGUACUGGAUUCCUGACUGAAGAACUACCCUUCACGAGUCUUCACUGUUCAACUGAGAACGAGGCCUUCAACAACAAACUUCGACAGAUCGUCAAAUCCGUCACCUCGACUGCCAUCCAGCCUACCAGCCGAUGGUUGACUUCAACUUUACCGGAAACGGUAUCCAUAUUUGAAACGUUCAACAUGCACAAUACGAAAUCCAUUCUGAAUCUACUAAACAACGUACCCAAACAUACGACGGUGUUGGAGUUUGAUGGACCUUUGUCAAGUGAAAAUGCUUUAGCUAUUAUGAAUCUAAAAUCGGCCUACCUUCCGUCGGGUUCAGACGAUGCGGAUGUCGUUCAACGGCUGUUAACCAAAAUUGGACACUUACAAACCUCCUCCCAAAACCUUCAAAUCUCCAAACUCUACCCUGAGGUCCGCUUCCCGGUGUCCCGUGGAACCCGAAUGAUCGCCCCACUCAUCGGUUGGGAUCACCGUGAAUCGGCUUUCGUCGCCAAUUUCGGCUGGGCUGGAACGGUUAGUUCGACUGGCUCCCAGAGCUACAAGAUAUCGCUGUCGGAGCAGGAGUUCAAGUUCGUGGCCGGCCAUUGUAUCGAUGGGCGGGUUCUGUUCCCGGCUACCGGAUACCUGCAUCUGGUGUGGGACUUCCUGGCCUCGGUGACCCAUACGGUCCUCAAGGAUUGCCCCAUUGAGUUUGAAGAUGUGCAGUUUCUGAGGGCAACCUCGGUUGGCAAAGGGCAGAUCGUUAUGCUGACGGUGGCGAUGCAGGAGGUGUCCGGAUAUUUUGAGAUUCUGGAGGGAGAAACUGUUGUGGUAACCGGAUAUGCAAGGAGCGUAGCGGAAGAUUAUUGCAUCCCACAGAUGGUGGAACAAAGUAGCUCUUCGGUGACGGUGUAUGCGAGAGAUUUCUACAAAGAACUUCGCCUUCGAGGGUACCAUUAUACUGACCUGUUCAAAUCGGUUUUGGAGACCCGGGUUGAUGGAACAGUAGCCAAGGUUCAGUGGAAGAACAAUUGGGUGGCGUUUUUAGAUUGUUUGCUUCAAAUUGGGAUCAUUAGUAAUGACACCAGAUCGCUGAUGGUUCCAACGGCAAUCGAAAAGGUAACCAUAGUUCCACAAGCUCACUUGGCUGCAUUGGAGGUUGAUGGCGAUGGUCAAGAAUACUUCACUGCACGAAGUUGUCCGAGAACCAAUGUGAUGAUAUGCGGAGGAGUUGUGAUUUCGAAUCCCCAGGUGAAUGUGAUCACUCGGAGAAAUCCACCAGGAGUACCGGUGUUGGAGACAUACAAUUUUGUUCCUUACCAUUCGAAUGCUACAGUUUCUUCGACGGAAGCCAUCCGAAUGUGCGUUCAACUAGCUUUAGAGAACAUCCCGAAUAAAGUCGUCAGUGCUGUUGAACUUCAUAGUAAAAAAAUGGCACCAAUAGUUCAAUUAUUCGAUGACGCUGUAGCAGAUCUUCCUCUAGUACAAUCCUCUCUAACACUUAUCUCUACGGAAGAUGUUAAGUUAUCAAACGUAGCUGUCAAGAACGAAAAGCUGAGUGACAGUUCAAACAUCCUCUUCGUGAUUACUGAUGAUAAACUGACAAAUCUAAGCUUCAUGCAACAGGUCUCAUCAGUUUUAGUUCCAGGAGGAUUUAUCCUACUUCGAGAAUCAGCUGAUUACGAUCCGAAGACGUUUAAUCCACCCGAAAACUUCAACCAUAUCGCUACUUUAAAUCUGGAUCAGAACGAAACCUUGCUCUUACUCCAAAGAAGAACCAAAUCACUCUGUGAAGUACCCACAGCCAUAUGUGUUGAUCAGCAAAACUUCGAUUGGCUUGAGGAGUUGCAACAGGCUUCUAAAAAUGGACCCGUAGUCCUUUACGCUGAGCAUCAACCCACUUCUGGAAUCAUCGGCUUAGUGAAUUGUAUUCGCAAGGAACCGAAACUUCAUCACAUUCGUUGUUUCUUGAUAGAUGACCCCAUUGCACCUCCCUUCUCAAUGGACGAACCUUUUUACAAGAAACAACUGAACUUAGGUCUAGCUAUCAACAUCUUCCGGAACGGAGUUUGGGGAAGCUAUCGCCAUGCUCUGCUUCCCAAAACGGUGGAAACCAAAUCCGUUCCCAAUCACUGCUACGCCAACUGUCAAACGAAAGGUGACCUAUCCUCCAUGAUGUGGUUCACUGGUUCCCUAAAUGAGGUCAGCGACAUUCCGAACAAAGCUCGGGUCAUGUACAGUUCGUUGAACUUCAGAGAUGUGAUGAUCGCUACCGGAAGACUUGCCUCUAAUAUUAUGGCCCUCAACAGACUUCAGGAAGAGUGUCAAUUGGGGUACGAAUUCUCCGGGAUUACCGAAGACGGUCGUCGAGUGAUGGGUGCCAUGGGAAGCGGAGCUCUGGGAACAAUGGUUAGCUAUGAUCCGGGUCUUACUUGGGAUGUUCCGGAUAAUUGGAGCCUGGAGGAGGCUGCAACAAUCCCUAUCGUCUACGGAACCGUUUGCAUGGCGUAUUAUCUGUACGCCAAGGUGCGAAAGGGCAGGACUAUUUUGAUCCACUCGGGAUGUGGAGGUGUUGGGCUGGCAGCAAUUCAGAUGGCCUUUGCCAAUGGACUUAAGGUGUUCACCACGGUUAGUACCGAGGAAAAGCGAGAGUAUUUGCUAAAUUUGUUCCCGCAGUUGAAGGCUCGGAACAUCGGGAAUUCACGGGACACUUCCUUCGAGCAGAUGGUUAAAACCAGAACCAAUGGAAAGGGUGUAGAUUAUGUGCUGAACUCGUUGUCUGAGGAGAAGCUUCAAGCGUCUCUGCGCUGUUUGGCUCCUGGAGGCCACUUUUUAGAAAUCGGUAAAUACGACAUGUCCAAGAACUCCAAACUUGCUAUGGAAAUAUUCCGUAAGGGAAUUACCUUUACCAGCGUUAUGUUGGAUGCACUGUUCACGGACUCGUGGGAAAGGAAGAAGGUUCUGAAAGACGCACUGGAUGAAGCUUUAGCAACCGGCAUGAUAAAACCACUCAAGACUACGGUAUUUGAGGCCAACGAGCUGGAGAAGGCGAUUCGCUAUCUGGCCAGUGGAAAACACAUCGGAAAGGUACUGUUGAAGAUACGCGCUGAGGAGGGAUCCGAAGCAACGUUGCCGAUUUCGUACACUCCCAGGGUACACUGCAACCCGGAACAGGUUUACGUUAUCGUUGGAGGCCUAGGUGGGUUCGGAUUGGAGUUGGCCGAUUGGUUGGUGCUUCGAGGGUGUCGAAAGUUGCUGUUGAGUUCUAGCCGGGGUAUCAGCAAUCGCUACCAGGAAUAUAGGAUUGAGUUGUGGCAAAACUACGGCGUUCAGGUGCAUGUGAGUACAGCGAACAUUUCUACCUUCAACGGAUGUAGUGAUCUGUUGUCUGAGGCUGGUCAACAUGGCCCUGUAGCAGCUAUCUUUAAUUUGGCAGUUCACUUGAGUGACUCCAUUUUGGAAAAUCAAACCAAGGAGAAGUUUAGCAACUGUUUGGCGCCGAAGGCUGAUGCAACGGCUUAUUUGGAUGAGGCUAGUCGUAGGUUGUGUCCGGAACUGAAACAUUUCGUAGUUUUUUCAAGUGUUUCCUGUGGACGUGGCAAUGCGGGUCAAAGUAACUACGGAAUGGCGAACUCGGUGAUGGAGCGUAUUAUUGAACGUAGACAUGCUGAGGGACUGCCUGGGAAAGCUAUCCAGUGGGGAGCAAUUGGGGAUGUAGGACUGGUGGCAGACAUGGCUGAAGAUAAGAUUGAUAUGGAGAUUGGUGGUACACUACAACAGCGUAUUACUUCUUGCCUGCAAGAGCUUGAUCAGCUUUUGACCUGCGAUCACCCGGUAGUUGCAAGUAUGGUAGUAGCAGAAAAGAGAUUGGGAAGCAAUUUCAAUCUGAUAGAAGCAGUUAUGAGCAUCAUGAACAUUAGGGAGCUGAAAUCAAUUUCAAUGGAGAGCACACUGGCAGAUAUUGGAAUGGACUCACUGAUGGCCGUAGAGAUCAAGCAGGUAUUGGAACGAGACUUUGACCUAGUUCUUUCUCCCCAGGAGUUGAGGACAUUGACUUUCUCCAAACUAAAUACACUUGUGGAAGCGAAGGAACAAGAAUCUAGUGCAGAGCCGACGAAUACAGACAACGUCGAAACAACACAAGUAGGCGCUCAGCUACUUCUACGGAAUUUGGGGAAUGAAAUCACGAGCAACAACACAAUCCUGAGAUUGCGCUCGGCAAACGAUACGGGUCGUCCGAUUCUUAUCAUCCCUGGUAUGGAAGGAGUUGCAGGAAAUGUGUGGAAUACAAUUGCCGAAAAUGUCAAAGCUCCGGUGUAUCUUCUUCAACUGAUGAAUACAAUUGAGUGUGAUACGUUGAAGGAAAUUGUCGAUCGCGUCUUUGACGAGCUAUACGAAACCGUUCUGUGUGAGUACGACAACUACACUAUUGUAGCGUAUUCGUUCGGCUCGAUUAUUGCAAUGGAAAUUUCAAAACGACUCUACGCUAAAGGCAUGUACGGAAGGCUUCUGCUUUUGGAUGGUGCCCCGAAAUUCCUACAGAUGAUGGCUCAGAAAUCCCUAAGCGGAAACACAACCGAUGAAAACAUCCAAAACGUACUCAUGGUGAACAUGAUCAAUGUUGUUUUUCCCACCCUCACAAUGGAACAAAUAACGCCGAUCCUGAGAGGAACUUCAUUUGAAGAUCGCCUCAGAAAACUUACUGAGCUCUUCAAACAGCAAAGCAAAUACUCCUCCGAAUACAUCGCCAAGAUGACCGAAGCACUGUUCAAAAGAGUAAAACUGGCAACACUGAUGGAUGUGACUGAUUUCAAGGGACUCAAUGUCCCCAUAACCUUGGUUCGGCCUUCGGAAAAAUCGGUGACCGAUAUUGAGGACGACUACGGGCUGUCCGAAUGUACGGUGGACGAGGUCUUUUUGCGCUUUAUUGAGGGUUCUCACAUGACUAUGCUGGAAAAUGAACUACUGGUGCAUUUUAUCAAUGAAUUCUGUUCUUAA